AUGCGCUGCAGGCAAGACAUUUCUCGACUGUGGAGCGGUUCCUCAUCCUUCCUCUUCUUAAUCUCCCUCGCACUCCUCACUUGGAAUGCCUUUUCCGUUUCCGGUCUAGACUGUACUAAAGCAAAGCGAGACUGGCUCAACUACCGGUACAAAGUACUCACCACUAAUGCCAUCUCACCUUCCUACAGUCAAACGAUCUGCCCGAUUAUCGAGAGUACCUCAUGUUGUGAUAAGCAGAUGGAAAUGGAUAUAUAUACUGUUGGUGAAAGUGAGCUCCCUACCUCUCUUGCUAACUGGCUUGCGCCCGUUGCUGAACAAAUGGAAAGCGAUAGUCUAGCCCUUGACUACUUUUUCCGGUCGGAUCUGAUGGAGGCGCGGAAUCGGUUGCACGAGGCCUUCAGCGGUAUCUAUGGCUACAACUACAAGGUGAACCAUGCCUUCUUUUUCCAGUUCUUUAAUGAUCUCGAAGCCUACAUGGCUGGACGUCGCGGCGACCUGGCCCAGUUAGUGACGAGCUUCUUCAAUCAGCUGCGCACCUCAAUCGUAGUAUUGAUGGAGAAGGCAGAGGUGGCGACGGGCUCCACCGCCACGCCCGACUAUCAGCGCAUCAACUGUCUGUCCGAAGCUCUGGGCAAGCAGAACGCCUUCGACCUCACGGACGUGCACCUGCGGGAGCAGUUCCUUCAGGUCUAUCCACCGGCACGCAUGCUUGUUAAUUCGCUGGCUGCCGCAAGUAAACUCCUGCGCACCAUCGUUGAGGAUGCCUCAAAGCGUCCGGAGUGCAUCGUGGCUUUUUCUCGAAUCCACUAUUGCGGAACCUACUGUGGUGCGCGAGAGGGCACGCAUGCCAAAGUCUGUCCCGCGGCCUGCGACAACUUCAUUAAGACCUGUUUCGCCGACGCUUCCUCGGACUCCUCCAAGUCCCUACCGCACGUCUGGUCGAAACUUAUCACCGCCAUCACCGUAACCACGAAGCGGCUGGAGAGGACGCAGAAUUUUGCUUCGGUGAACAAGGAUCUCCACAUCUUCCUAUCCGAGGCGAUCACCUAUGUACACCAAAAAUACGCCACCGUCAAGCCCUCGCUCAUCCAGGAGUGCAAAUACGCCACUGGCAGUGGCGUUGGGGGUGGCGUGGCAGUGCAAGUUGCCAGUGGCUGGCCCUACAGCCAUCGCACUCGUCGAUCCUCAAACAGCUCUUCCGACCCUAUUGAAUUGUUGCGCACGAAGCGACAGAGCCUGUAUCCAGGCGCGGCCCGGCAGCCGGAGUCGUCGACGUGGGGAUCACCACCCGGUUCCCUGCCAAACUCACAGCAGCCAUCGGCAUCACAGCCACACGUCUCCUACCAGUCAUACUUCUCACAAAACAGGCAAAGCGGGGAUGGCAGUGGUGGCUCUUCUUCCCAGCAUUCCGCCAAUGCGCCAGAAAAACUCAGCAAAUGGGCCACCCAGCUUAAAUUACACUACUCUGGAGUGCAAGAUUUGUUCGCUCGAACGCCAUCAUCGGUGUGCGCUGGUGCUACUCAACAAAACAGUGCCUGUUGGAACCCUCCACCCGUUCCACCGAUUGGUCAAACAAAACGUUUCAGCGCUGCAGUCACGGAUUUGACUUCGAUGGCCGAGCGUUUGGACUUUAACUCUCAGAAUAAGGGUGAUCCAGAGGCUCUAGAGUUGGGAGCUCGAAUGCUAGCCAUGGCGAAGAUGCGCAACACUUCGGCUCCUUAUCAUGGAACACCGAGCCUACUGCAGCCUCUUAACCCUGUAGGCCCCAUCUAUGGCCAGCCACAAAUGCUCCCUCACGAUCCCUGGCGAACUGGCGCCGUGAACAACUUUAUGUCCACUCAACCAAUUCAGCCCCCACUGCCGUUGUCCUCCAACGGUGGUAACCAAUAUUCAUCUGGUGCAUCCUAUCAAAUGCAACCUGUUGGAGCACCUUUUUCAAGCCCCAUGGAGAUGAAUGCUCCAGAGAGCGGUUACGAUCCUGCAGGCGGUGUACCGGCACCACCACCACUACCGAGGCAACCUGCUUAUCCGCCACAGCCGGAGCGGCCACCACAACCGGACUUCUCUUCGCCUCAUGCACCGCUACCGGCUCCAGGCGGAGUUGCUCAGUCUCAGCAUCCUCUUCCUUCCAACCAACCCUGGAGAGGUCCUGCAGACACUGAGGCCAGUGGACUCGGUGGUGACGGCGAAGGUGGCUCGUGGAAUCAAGGUGAACUCUGGCAGCAGCCGAUGCCGCCAUCCUCUAAUCCCUGGGAACCGCAACGACCACCACCACUCCCACCACAGUCACAACCUCAACCACCACGUACUCCCGAUGGCAUCGAGAGCAAUUACCAGUGGCCACCCAACUACUAUCCCGAUCAGCAGGGCAGUGGUGACGGUGGUUUACCCAGUCUCGAGGCCUACCCUCAGCCACCUCCACCUGUAGAGAUAAUCUCGACAACGACGGCUUUACCGCCACCGCCAACAACAAUAAUGAUAUCAAAAACUAUGAACUCCACCACUACUACUACCACUACUACCACAACUCCCAUUUCUAUCUCACCGGCAUUACUUUCGACAUUACCACCGAUACCAAUCGUCAGUGAGAGUACUGUGAGACCGGUGAAGGUGGAGAAUGUCAAUGCCAGUCUGCCAUUGCCGCCACCUGCAUCGAUUGGUGGUUUUGAUGAUGAGGACUUUGGACAGCUGACCGCACCACCGCAGCCUCCGUCCGCAUCGACCCAACAACCAUGGGGUCCACCCCAACCUGCUCCGCCAUUUGAAUUCGAAGCGAGCGGAUACUAUCCCGAAGCCGAGGGAGUGGGAAGAGAAGAGGGAGGAGUACCGCAACCACCACCACCAGUAUCUCCAGACUGUUCUCCAGAGGCGAUAGCAAACGCCGGCAGUGGCGCGGACCCACGUUGUCUGACGGGCGGCGAGUCGGACCGGUCGGUGGCCUACCCACACCCCGGUGCAUCCCCGCCUCACUGGCAGCCGCCAGAGCAUCCCGACCUCGAAGAGGGUCGUGCGGGCAGUGGUCUCCCUCCUGACGGCCUAGAACCUCCCCCUCCACUGCCACCACAUCCUUACCCCAGCUACGUCGAGACAUCUCCCGGCGAGCGACCCGAGUAUGGUGGAUUGCCCGACUUCGGGGGACUCGUCCCGCUGGCGAAGACGCCGCUUCCGCCGACCGGCCUAGACCGACCUUACCUUCCGCCGCCCACGACACAGAGGCAACCACCACUGUCAACCACCGCCGUUCCGCCCCGAGAGCUGCCCCCAGACAUUUGGCUGCCUGUGCCUGAGCUUCAGCCCGGAGAUCCAAAGCUGCCCAACUCCAAGCUCUUCCUUCCCGACUUCCCGCCUCACCGGGGUCGCCCGAUGCUGAGCGUCAACAAAGGGAAUACGGCGAUGACCUCCCACAACCACCUUGUCGUGAUCGCGCCUCUCUUGAUCACUGCAAAUCUUCUGAUCUAG